AUGGCCAACAAUCAAGAAGAGCCAUUCGACUAUUUUCAAGACGACGACUUUUUAUUCGACGACAAUGUGUUCGACGCCAUUGAUAAACAAGAAUCCAUCUAUUUAAGCACACAACAACCACCCGAUCCAGUCCAUGUCCAAGAAGAACGGCCUAAUGAAGUACCUACAAUCGAAGUGACCUAUCGCGAUCCACCGCAAAGAACAACGGAUACACUACCAACGACGGGCUAUUCACUAAGGGCGGAUGAUACGGCUGGUCUUCAGUGGCAAAGUAGUCUUGGCCAAGUUGAAUCCAGUGGAUUACAAGAGCAUCAACAACGCGAGAUUGAAGGUCUACGAUUCACAGUGGAACGGUUGCAAUUAAGAUUGAAGGAGGAUCAACUCAUCAACGAGAACCUAUCACGUGAAUUGACAGUGCUCCGAUCUGACAAGCAGUUCAUGGAACAAGAAUUAUUGAGUGCAAGACUUGAAUUACAAGCCAAAGGAAGAGAAAAGGACAAGCGAUCAUCGACAUUUCCAAGUGGAUCAGGGUUUUCUCUCCCUUCAAGUAGGCGAAGGUCUAAUUUACCACCACGUCAACGUUCUGUUACACCAUCAUCUUCUCGUGCCACCACACCUGCACCUGUCAUUCCUCAACGAUCGGAUCGUAAGCGACCAGCUCCACAGGAACCAGAAUCACCAAGAAGCACAUCUUCAUCCUCUUUUCCUAUCAACACGAGCAACGUUGAUGUCGAAGUAGAUCGGGAGCGUUAUCAGUUCCUAAGACGUUUGCUUUCACAAGAAUUUGUUGAUAUGGAACGAGAGAACCAUGCUAUGAUCAAAUCCUUCGAUACCCAUUGGUCACCAUCCACCAUUACGUUUCUCAGCAGCCGUUUUGCACGACGCUUUAUCCCUGAUCAGAGCAGACGUGAUGUUAGCAGCAAAUUAACCGUGUUGGCAACAGACAUCUCCUCAUGUAUCGCACAGCAUGAUCCAUUCAACUUGCAAAGUGUCAUUCAGCAGCUAUUCGGCGUCCUUGCAUUGUAUUUUUCGAUUUGUGUGAAUGACAAGACGUUGGAUGUACUCGCACAGACCAUUUACACCAUCCAUCGCUUGGUUUCGUUUUAUAAUGAGGCGAUCCAGUACAUGCUUCGUGAUCUUCAACGUGCCGGGCAACAGGCUAUUUACAUGAAGCUUAUUCAGUGCGUUGACGAUUUUCUACAAACAUUGAACAUGGACGCCAAACAACAACGCAUUCCUACCGACACAUUACCCGAUUUGACCACUGUAUCUUAUCAAGAUAUCAAGACUUGGUGUGCUGCCAAUCGUGUCGAUCCAUGCGUGCUGCAAAGUGUAUCAAAACCUACAGUAUCUCGAGACACGGGUGAAAAGGCCAUCAUUCACAUUAUUGAUAUUUAUCAUCACGCCUUUUAUUACGGUUCCGAUAUACAAAGUUUUCAUUUCUUGUUGCGUGAGCCAUCCUUCCUAAAGCUGAUCUCUCCUACGACGCCGCUCCCUAUCCUUUCACGUGCACUUGAUUUGCUGAUACGAUUCACACAAGAUGAGGAUCUAUCGGUCUUUUUCACGAGAACAAGGUUGCCGAAUAAUGAGAUGUGGUCGGUGUCAGAUCGUCUAAUGGGCGUUAUCAACAUGUCAUUGCGUUACGAAUCUUUAUACAAGGAGUGGUACACGGUACGGAUCAAGAGCAUCACCUUGCUAAAGGACACGUUUGCUACGCUUUCAAAGUCGGCUCGAGAAGAAUGGGCUCAUCCGGAUUUGCUUGUGCAGAUUGGGCAGACUAUUUUCAAUGAUGUGUGGGCCAUCAUGGAUGUUGGCAAGCCCCCUUAUAGACCUAUUCCUUUAGACCUUAGUGGCCGCUUUAUCCAUGUCGGCUUACAUCUUUUGAAUGACAUGCUGAGCAGUUUCGAUGCUGCAAUGGACACAUCCGGCAAGACACAUGAUGCUUUACUCAAGAUAUACAUGAAGAUGCUACCUACGGUAUCAAAACAAUGGCCUGAAAAACAUCCUGCUGGCAAGGAGUUGAAACGCAUGCAUCGCCUUUUACGAGCAAUGCAGGGAAUGAUGCAAACCGAGAGUGCUUCAACGACUAUGGGUACAUGCUGA